UGCCAGUGCCCCAAGUACCACGGACCACCCCCACCACCAGGACACACACACCAGAUGGGCCUGCACAUGGGAGCUAAGGAGUAUGUGUGCAGUGGCUCCAGGACCCCAAAGGAGCCAGCCUGCCCCCCUGGGGGUGCAGUUACCUGGAGGCCAAAUGCCUCAGAGACCUGAUUCCAGGCAAUUUCCUUGAGCAGCUAGAAACCCCAGUGUGAGUCUGGCACAAGCCCGACCCUGGCCUCGCUGGCCCAGGACCGGGCGUGGCCAAGGGGAAGUCCACAGGCCAACGUGCGGCCGCCCACGUGCGGAACCGCCCUCAGGAGCCAGUCUAUUUGUCUUUAGGCUGGGGAGUAAAGCUGCCAGGCGCCCUGCACCCUUUUCCCCCCUAAACACAGACGCACACACUCAGCAGUCACUGUCACGCUGGCCAGAUGCUAGCUGGGCGGGUGGUCGCCUUCCUCUCCCUGACCUGGAGCACUUACCAGAGCCUGGCCAUCCCCAGGAUCACAGAAUGCGGCCUCUCCUGUUCUCAGGGCUUUGCCUGCAAGAGCCGCACAAACCGGAACUUGCUCAACAGCUUCUGCCGGGCUCCCCCCACGUCCAUGCCCCAGUCCGUCCUGGAAUCCCUGGAGCUCUCUACAGGAAUGAAGUGUGCCCCCCGUGAAGGCUGCUCCCUGCACCUACGCAUGCACGCGUCCCUCAUACUGCAGGAGGGCCUGCGGGGCCUGGAGGUCUGCACCAUGAGUCUCGACACCCAGGCAGUUCAGUGUCAAGGCGUGCAGGUGCUCCGGGCCUCCCGCCGACUUCAUGUUGGUCAGCAGCUCCAGGUACUCUUCGACUGCUUGGAGGUGAGUGUGGCCCAGCACCUCUACGUCACCCUGAGGACCAUCCCCCACUUCUGUGGGCUCCAGCUGGACCAGCAGUACCACGUGGAAGACUGCAGAGACCAAGAUGUGGGGAGGAACGUACCUGACUGCUUAGCAGAGAAGCUCACCUACAAGGUGAACCGCAGCCACAAGGCCAUUCUAGUGCAGGUACCAGAUGCCGUGGGGAGCCCGGACUACUAUGUGCGGCUCUGCCUCAGGUGGCUCACCUGUGAGGACACAGGCCCCACGGUUCGGGUGACUUCGAAUGGGGUCUCCCAGACGGUCUCUUUGCCCUACAGCCAAGAGCUGCCAUGUCUGUGCCUCGAGGGUUGGCCUUCGACGCCGGACGCAGUGCGGAUUCAGACCUGCCCCUUUGAAGAUGACACUGAGGCUCUGUGGGAUGCUGUCCACUACCAUCCAGGCAGCCAGGCACUGAGCUGGGAGCCCAUCUGCCCUGUGAGUGGACGUGUGAGCCUGUGUUGGCGCGAAGGGCCCGGGGCCCCCUGCCAUGAGCUGGAGCGCUCUAGCCAGCCGGCACAUGGCAAGGUGCGGUACCCACUGGUGGACACGCAGCCCCAGCUGUGCCUGAAGUUCUCCACCCACAGGGGCUUCUGGGUACGGUGUCCCUUUGCACAGCGACGCUUCCCAGCCUGGAGGAUGGCAGUCCAGCCGCUACCUUCGCAGGGCCUCCUCCGGGCCUCGUUCUUCUCCCCCAGCCCCGCCCGCUUCCAGGUGCGCCUGUGUCACCAGUGGGAGCCCCAGCUCCCCACCUGCCACCGGGUGCUGGAGACUACGCCCCUCCCUGCAGCCCUAGUGAGCCAGGGUGAUCCAUUGGUGGGGCCUGUGGCUGCCUUCGUGGACAUUCCCCAGGAGGAGGCCUGUGCCCCUGGCAUCUGCAUCCAGGGCUGGAGGACCGACGUGAAUUUCUCUGUCCCCCAGCAGCUGUGUAAUGUCCAGUGUGCCGUCACCCACGAGACUGUCACACGUGACACCACAGCCUGAGUCCCUGUCUCAUCAGGAACAAGCUCCCCACGCCUCCACGGCCUCUUGGACAACUCGUGGAUAGAGCCACCAUCACCAGCCCUGAGGACUGGGGCCUGACCUCCUGCCCAACAACUGCCGAGAGAACUCCUAGGGCCCUGGGGUGUCGGGUGACUUUCCUUUCUACAGCUGAAGGGCCAGACUCAUAGGGGGUGGCCAAGGACCACCUCUAGCUUCUGCCCCAAGCACCCUACACCAGGGUCCACACCAAGUGGCCCUGCAGACUCAGGGCCCUCAGCCCCCUCUGGCCCUGUCUACCCAUCAAGGACUGGCCACUUCCCAUGCCUCGGGGUCACACACCCAGGGGCCACCUGCAGAAUGUGACAUGCUCAUACAUUUCACACACUCACAGAGGGCCACCAUGUGCUGCUCAAGCUCCAGGACCAUAGUGGACCCUCGUCUCUGCAGUGUCACAUGGUGUCCCUGGCCAGAGGUCACCAGCUGAGCCCUGCUGACUCACAGGACCCAAAGAGCUGCUCCCUGCAUGCUCUUUGGAGUCUAAGUGUUGUCUCCACCUGACCACUGGGCAGCCAGAGACACACCUCCAGGGACAUGCACCCAGGGACACUCACCCAAGAUCACUCAUCCAGGGACACACAUCCAGGGACACACAUCCAGGGACACUCACACAGGGACAAUCACCCAGGGACACUCACCCAGGGAUACUCACCCAGAGACACUCACCCAGGGACACUCACCCAGGGACACUCACCCAGGGAUACUCACCCAGGGACACUCACCCAGGGACACUCAUCCAGGGACACUCACCCAGGGACACUCGCCCAGGGACACGCAUCCAGAUAUACUCACCCAGGGACACACACCCAGGGACGCUCACCCAGGGACACACACCCAGGGACACUCACCCAGGGACACACACCCAGGGACGCUCACCCGGGGAACACACCCAGGGACGCUCACCCAGGGACAUGAAUCCAGAUAUACUCACCCAGGGACACUCACCCAGGGACACUCACCCAAGGAUACUCACACAGGGACACUCACUCAGGGACAUGCAUCCAGAUAUACUCACCCAGGGACACACACCCAGGGACACUCACACAGGGACACUCGCCCAGGGACACGCAUCCAGAUAUACUCACCCAGGGACACACACCCAGGGACACUCACACAGGGACACACACCCAGGGAUACUCACCCAGGGACACUCACCCAGGGACACACACCCAGGGACACUCACCCAGGGACACACACCCAGGGACACACACCCAGGACCCUCACCCAGGGACCCUCACCCAGGGAUACUCAUCCAGGGACACAUCCCCAAGGACAUGUACCCCUGGCACCCCCAGCCCUUUCUGGUUUCCCCUGGACCUCAGAUGAAGUGAGCUGCACUGUCAUCCGCUCCUGCACUCCUGCUUUCAGUCCCUCGCCCUCGCUGUCCCCUCUUCAGCUGGCCAUGGUCUCCUGGGGCCUUCCUGCCCCCUCUGCAGGCAGCAAUGGGGACUGUUGCCCAUGGUGAGCCUGCACACCGGGGACUUUCCUGGGGUGGGGGGGGAGCUGUCCUGUGCGACUGGCUCAGUAAAGACCUUGCACCCCUGCUCAGUAAAUACCUGUGCACCACCUGUGCACCCAGCUUGCCUCUUCCCUUGAGGACAGAGAUGGGUAAGCUGGAAAGGUGGUCCCUGGGGGUGAAGCAAGGGGGAGAGACACAGGGCCCAGUGUGUCUGGUAAAUUGGGGAAGAGACCUCCAGGACCCAUGAAGUGCCCUGAGGGCCCCUCCCAAAUGGGGGUUGGGGAGGGCGAGGCUGGGCAGCGGUGCCCUCCACCCAAACGUAGCCACUAUUGGAGGGGGCGAUGAGGUGGAGUUCACCCUCCCUGGGCCCCACCCAGCUGGACCCCAAACGUUACAAAGGCUCAGGACACCAGCACCCCUGAUUGCACCUUGAGUGUGUUGGGAGUUCGACCCCCCCACCCAGCGAACCCUGGUCUGGAGAUUCCUUAGAAGCCUCGACCCUCACAUGGAGCAGGGGACCCCCGGGGCUCCUGGGGUGUGGGGAUAGAAUGUCCUCCUAGGUGAGGUCCCUGUGGUGGCUGGGCCCCAGGUGGUCCCCAUGCCUCCAAGCCCAAGCACCAGUCACCCCUGCCUAGUAGUAAACCUCAAGGCCUGCCGAGGUGGGCAGGGUCCGGGGUAACCCCAGUGCGCACAGCGAAGUCUCCCGGGCAGACUCAGGGACUGGAUAUCCUGUUCAAGCAUUCCCAUAAAGAGGUGGUGAAGGGAGGGCAUGCCGGGGCGCUGAGCCCAGCCAAACCAGGCUGGGGCAUUGAAGGGCCAGUUUGAGGCCCCUGGGCCACACGCGGAGGUGGCACCCCGGGCUCCAGGCGCCCCACCACCACCCCGGGCAGGGUCAUGGGACGGGCGGCUGCGUUCUGCCCUCACCACCUUCAUUCCAGAAGAUGGGGGUGGGGGUCCUCUGGAAACCCUUGCCUGCUCCAGGUGCCUCCUCCCUGUUGAGGCCCCAGGGGUUCGGGGACUAGAGUCCAGGCUCAGGCUGGGCCACCCCGGCCCCAAGUCUCACAUCCAGGGGCCAGGGAAGCCCCCUGGCAAUGUGCAGAGCCACCCGCCCCCGGCCGUGACCUGGCCCAGUUUGAUCAGGUGGGGGCAGGAAGGGACGUCACAGGGCUGAGCUCCCAGCCGACCAGGUACGGCCUCCCCUGACUGGCCCACAGAUGGGGGAAACUGAGGCCUACACCAAGACAGUGACUGUGCCCUUCUCCAGGACUAAGGACAAGGACUUCAGGUUUAGGGGUAGGGAAUGCUCGGGUCCCGCGGAGACCUGGAAGCCGACGGCUAGAGGACAGGCCUGUGUUGCCACCAGGUGGCAGUCUUGCUCAGUGCCCGGUCCUGAGCUGGCCCUGCAGUCCCUGCAUCCAUGUCAGGGUCCUGGAGGAACAGUGUACCCAUUGCCUCAGUUGGUGAUAGACUGACUCCCCUCCACUCCCCCCGCAAAAACCGUUCCUACCCCAGGCCAUGCCUGCCCAGGAGCAAAGUGCUGAUGAACUCUGUCAGGUCCUGGUAUGGGUGUGUGGGAGGCAGGUCACAGACAGCUGGGUUCAUAAUCGAACAGGGGCGAGCCUUUGGUGGUCUGUGUGACUCACUCACUCACUCACUCACUCACUCACUCACUCACUCACUCACUCACUCACUCAUUCAUUCAUCAAUCACACGCUGAGCUCCUCUUGGGUGCCGUGCACUGCCAGCAUGGGAACAGACCACGCUCACAUAUACCCCAUCCCUGCAGCUAGGGGGACCCAUGGUCUGGGUGUGCCUGGGACUGAGGGGUUUCUCGGGAUGUAAAUUCUCAGUGCUAACACCAGGACCUUCCCGGGGCUACCAUGCCUGAAGCUGACCUUCACGUAGGAGAGACAGAUGGUCAGCAUUACAUGGACUGUUGGGUGCCAAUGCAGGGGUGUGAAGAAUUAAGAGAGCAAAUAGUGGGUGUGGGGGGGGGUCCAGGAAGGCCUCAGACAAAGUGUCCUGAGAGUGAGAUGGGCACAGGCGAGGGCCUCAAGCUGCCUGCUGUUACAGGGUCCCUCAAUGCCCUGUCCAGAGCUGACUGUCACAGGAGGCAAGAGGAGGCAGGUGAGAGAUGGAGGUGUGGGCAGAUGGGUGGAAGUGCAGAAGGUGGGUGGAAAUGUGGAUGGUAGGCCCUCAGUGUAAGGUGCACAGGUGGUGUGGGGUGUACAGGUGGUGUAGGGUGCACAGGUGGUGUAGGGUGCACAGGUGGUGUAGGGUGUACAGGUGGUGUAGGGUAUACAGGUGGUGUGGGAUGUAUAGGUGGUGCAGGGGGUAUAGGUGGUGUAGGGUGUAGGGGUGGUAUAGGGUGUACAGGCGGUGUUGGGGUGCAUAGGUGGUGUUGGGGUGUACAAGUGGUGUAGGGUGUAUAGGUGUGUAAGGUGUACCAGUGGUGUGGGGUGUACAGGUGGUUUGGGGCACACAGGUGGUGUGGGAUGUACAGGUGGUUUGGGGCACACAGGUGGUAUGGGAUGUACAGGUGGUUUGGGGCACACAGGUGGUGUGGGAUGUACAGGUGGUUUGGGGCACACAGGUGGUGUGGGGCGCACAGGUGGUGUAGGGCACACAGGUGGUGUGGAGCGCACAGGUGGUGUAGGGCACACAAGUGGUGUGGAGUGUACAGGUGCUUUGGGGCACACAGGUGGUGUGCGGUGUACAGGUGGUUUGGGGCACACAGGUGGUGUAGGGUGCACAGGUGGUGUAGGGCACACAGGUGGUGUGGGGUGUACAGGUGGUUUGGGGUGCACAGGUGGUGUGGGGUAUACAGGGGGUUUGGGGCACACAGGUGGUGUGGGGCGUACAGGUGGUUUGGGGCACACAGGUGGUGUAGGGCACACAGGUGGUGUGGGGCGCACAGGUGGUGUAGGACGCACAGGUGGUGUAGGACGCACAGGUGGUGUAGGGUGUACAGGUGGUAUAUGGUACACAGGUGGUGCAGGGUGUAGAGGUGGUAUAUGGUACACAGGUGGUGCAGGGUGUAGAGGUGGUAUAUGGUACACAGGUGGUGUUGGGGUGCACAGGUGGUGUGGGGUGUACAGGUGGUGUAGGGUGUACAGGUGGUGUGGGGUGUACAGGUGGUGUGGGGUGUACAGGUGGUAUAUGGUACACAGGUGGUUUGGGGUGCACAGGUGGUUUGGGGUGCACAGGUGGUGUAGGGCACACAGGUGGUGUAGGGUGUACAGGUGGUAUAUGGUACACAGGUAGUGUGGGGCGCACAGGUAGUGUGGGGCGCACAGGUGGUGUGGGGCAUACAGGUGGUCUGGGGUAUAGAGGUGGUGUGGGGUGCACAGGUGGUGUGGGGUACACAGGUAGUGUAGGCACGUGUGGCUAACUUACUGGAGUAAGUUAGCGAGAAUGUUAGAAGGGCUAUCCGGGCAGGAAAACCAGAUGAGAAAAAAGGGAACAGAGGAGGUCAGGUGGGCUGAGUGGCCAGGAUUGGCCUCAAGGAGCAGCCAGCAAUUGAACAAAGACGUGGACACGGUUGGUGAAAAUAUUUAAUGACAAAUUCCUGCCCACCCAACAAAUGCUCUCCACAAAGGUAGAAAAGAACUAAACGUCUCAUUAGCGUAAGCAUUAAACCAGACUACGGUGGGCAGAGCUGCGGACAGACAGAACCUCACCACUUCCCCAGCCAGGCAGACACAACCAAUCACACACGUUCUCAGAGAAACAGCGACCUGUCCUCAAGAGGCCACAGCACCAGGUCACUCACAGGUCAUCCUGAACUCACCUGUUGGGGGAUGGCCCUCUGCAUUAGCCUUAAUCCUGGGAAAAAAAAAAAAAUGGAAAGACCCUGUGCAAAAGCCCUGGGAUGGGAACCUGCUGAGGGGUGGGGAGGGAUUGGGGGAGGUGGCUUCUCCCCUCAGUAAGGCGGGGCUGCAGGAAGAGUCUGCGACUGCUCCCUUGAGAAGGGGGGCGGGGCAGGGAGAGCAGGCAGGACGGUAGCCCCAGCGGUGAGAAGUUAGAGGCAGCAGGAUUUCCUGCUGGGGUGAAUGAGGGGUGUGAGAGAGGGGGAGAGCCCCGUUAUUGCUUUGUGGGAGGUGGGGUCCGAGUGGGGGGGGUGCAAGGACGUGGGGAGAAAGGAGCAGGAUGGGGGCAUGGGUGUGGGUGCAUCACAUGAGAUGGAGAAGGUGGAAAGCUGAAGUGUGGGGUGAGGAGAGGUAGGCUUGGAGAGGUGGGAGGGACGGAAGGGUGGUGGGGCGAUGUGCCCCAGCCGGCGGUUGAGUGCACGAGAUGGACUGCUGAAGAGUAUUUGGGGGCAUACUGCAGGUGGGGGGCGUGGACACAGCAGCGACCACUAUGUGGGUGGCCACAGCCUACAGGCGUGCUGCCUGGGACUUCGGGGAGGGCGAGCCCCACCCCAUCUCAAGCCGUUUGGGGACAGGUGCUGGAGCAAUCCAACCGAGAACCCUUUGCCCACCUGUCCCUCCAGCGAACAACAGCUCGGCGCCUUUGGCCAGCUCCCU